AUGAGCGACCAUGGAGGGCGAGAACAGCCCGCGGAAGAUCCCUCGAACGAGGGCGAACAGCAGCAGAACGGCGAAGCCUACCAGGACCCAAGCAGAAGCGACACCCACAAUUACGAAAAUGGCCAAGGGGAGAACGCAGCGAAUGAUCAGCCCCCACUGAUAGAUAACAAUGGCGUGGCAAGAGGCCCCAUGCCCAGCAAUAUGAACCUCUUUAGCAAUCUCCAACCCCCCCCCAACAACUUAUAUUACAACAUGGCGCAGUACGGCAUUAACCCCAAUUUGAUCGAGUUGCCGGAAAAGGGGAAGAGCGGCCCCCCUUCAUCAGCGGCGGCAGCGGCAGGAGUGGCAGCAGCGGCAGCAGCGACAGCAGGGGCAGGGGCAACGGGGGCAACGGGGGCGAGCUUCGCGCACGGCAUGAAUUCGUUUCCCCCGGGCAUGUCGAACUUGCCACCCAACAUGCUGAACAUGCCGCCGCUGAUGAGCAGCCUCCCCCCCAACAUGGCGAACCUGCCUCCCAACAUGCCACCCAACAUGGCCAACCUGCCGCCAAACAUGGCGAACCUCCCCCCCAACAUGAACUACCUCAUGCCCAACAUGAUGAACCUGCCCCCGCCCCCCUUCAUGAUGAAAAUGAAAAACCAAAUGAAUGGCGCCGGGCCGGGGAUGAACGGCAUGCCGUAUUACUUCCCCCCCGGCGGGGCACACAUGGGCAGCUACGCACAAGCGGGAAUGGACGACAUGGCGGACCCGUUCGGAAACAACAUCAACCACUUACCCCCACCCAUGUACAUGAACGAAGCCGCAGGAGGGGAAAAUUACUACCCCUACAACAACGAGGAGGAGGACUACAUGCGGGGGGAGAGACGACACAACGGAGAAGACAUGCACGAUGAAUACAUAUCACGAAGUGAACGAAGGAAAAGAAGAAGAAGGAGGAGACAUUACGACGAGGAAAGCUACUAUGCCAAAAUGAAAUAUAGCCAAGUGGAAGAGACAGUAGAAAAGCCAGUCGAGAAGGAAGUCACUCCAGAGCCAACUGAAUUUAACCUAGUCAAAGAGAAGGCAAGAAAAUGGAAAAUGAUCAAUAGUAAAAAAUAUUCCAAAAAAAAAAAAUUUGGAGUGAUGGAAGAGAAGGAAGAAAUGCCAUGUGAGCAUUUGAGAAAAAUAGUGAAAGAACAUGGAGAUAUGAGUAACAAGAAAUACAGAUAUGAUAAGAGAGUCUACUUGGGUGCCUUGAAAUACGUGCCGCAUGCAGUUUUUAAACUUCUAGAGAAUAUCCCCAUGCCAUGGGAGCAAAUUAAAAACACAAAGGUGAUCUAUCACAUCACUGGGGCGAUUACCUUCGUAAAUGAAAUUUUCGUCGUCAUAGAUCCUUUGUAUAUUGCUCAAUGGGGAACCAUGUGGAUCAUGAUGAGAAGGGAAAAAAGAGAUAGGAAGCAUUUCAAAAGAAUGAGAUUCCCCCCCUUCGAUGAUGAGGAACCCCCCCUCGAUUACGCAGAUAACAUUCUAGAUAUAGAACCGCUAGAAUGCAUACAGAUGAAGCUAGACAAAGAUGAGGACAAAAGUGUCAUCGACUGGUUUUACGAAUCUAAACCGUUGCUAUAUAAUCGGAAUCACAUUUUGGGAACUAGCUAUAAGAAGUAUAAACUGAGUUUGGAACAAAUGGGGGUCCUCUACCGAUUAGGGAACCAACUCUUUAGCGAUUUUCAAGACGAUAAUUAUUUUUAUUUGUUCAAUUUGAAGUCCUUCUACACUGCCAAGGCGUUAAAUAUGGCCAUACCAGGUGGACCCAAAUUCGAGCCCCUAUACAGAGACAUCUACGAAGAUGAUGAAGACUGGAAUGAGUUUAAUGAUAUUAACAAAAUUAUUAUUCGUCAGCAAAUUAGGACGGAGUACAAAAUUGCCUUCCCCUAUUUGUAUAAUAAUAGGCCCAGAAAAAUUGCUGUUAGUAAGUACCACUCUCCUAUGUGUGUCUACAUCAAAUUGGAGGACAUAGAUCUCCCUCCGUUCUAUUACGACCUUAUCAUCAACCCCAUUCCUUCCUACAAAAUUAGAAAUUUUGAAAACCCAGAGAGGGAGAAAAAACACCUGGAUGACUUCUACCUCAUUUUUACAAAAAAGGAGGUGCACUACCAGCAGGUGCUGCCUACCCGGGGAGGGAGCGGCGCGAACGCUAAUCAGCGUAAAAAUAGGGGGAGGGAACUCUCCAGGGAGGACCCCCAAAGCGGGUAUAGCAGUGAUGGGAGCGAUGCGAGUAGUGGGGGAGAAGGAAGGGGAACCCACUCCAGGCGCAAACCUGGUAGGGGUAGCAAAAGCGAGAGGGAAAAGUACCCCAAAGAAGGAAGGACCAAGCGAGGGGAUAAACGUGACUCCUCCAGGCGGGACCGAAAGGGGGACCACCCCUCCAGUCAUGACGCGACUCUAUCGGAUGGGUACGAAGAUAACCGCCAGGAGGAUGACCACCUCCAUAACAGCGACGGGACGACGUACAGGAGUGGUCGCGGUAAGGGGACGGCCAGCCAGCACCCCCGCAGCAGCGACGACAACAGCGACACCAACGUCUGCAGCAGCAAGUAUAGGGACGAGGACCCGGUGGACAACAGCACGAUAGAGAACUACUCGGGGGAUAAUAGCUCCAGGACGGGCUGCCCCCGGGGCGGCAGGAAGAGGAGGAACCCCUACGAUGGGGAUGUUAGCGGUGAAAAUGGUGACGAUCGCGGCGACGGUAACGGCGAAAAUGGCAACCACUCGGGGGAGAACCACUCUGGGGAGAAGCAACCCGAAGCCGCGGCGCCGAGCAAGCUCAAAAUGGUAGUUAAACACGUGCAGUACGGAAUGCUGCCCCUGCUGCACGAGUACCCCCUGUACACGGAAAAAACCAUCAACGGAAUUCAGCUGUACCACGCGCCGUACCCAUUCAACAAAAAGUGUGGCUACACAAGGAGGGGCAUAGACAUCCCCCUCGUACAAUCCUGGUUCAAAGAACACAUAUCGACCAAGUACCCAGUGAAGGUGAGGGUGUCCUACCAGAAGCUCCUCAAAUGUUGGGUGCUAAAUCACCUGCACUCGAAGAGACCGAAGAGUAUGAAGAAGAAAUACCUCUUUAGAAUAUUUAAAAGCACGAAGUUUUUCCAGUGCACAGAAAUGGACUGGGUGGAGGUGGGCCUGCAGGUAUGCAGACAAGGAUACAACAUGCUGAACCUGCUCAUCCAUAGGAAGAAUUUAAAUUACCUUCACCUGGAUUACAACUUCAAUUUGAAGCCAGUCAAAACGUUAACCACGAAGGAGAGGAAGAAGUCUCGUUUUGGAAACGCCUUUCACCUCUGCAGGGAAAUACUGAGACUAACCAAAUCGAUAGUCGAUUCGCAUGUGCAGUAUAGGCUAGGAAAUAUUGAUGCGUACCAACUGGCCGACGGGAUUCAGUACAUUUUUUCCCACGUGGGGCAGCUGACCGGAAUGUACCGAUACAAGUACAGACUUAUGAGGCAAGUGAGGAUGUGUAAAGAUCUGAAGCACCUAAUCUAUUACCGCUUCAACACGGGGUCCGUGGGGAAAGGCCCCGGUUGUGGUAUGUGGGCACCCAUGUGGAGGGUGUGGAUUUUCUUCCUCAGAGGGGUUAUACCGUUGCUGGAAAGAUGGCUGAGCAAUUUACUGGCCAGACAAUUCGAGGGGAGAGUCUCCAAGGGGAUUGCCAAAACGGUUACCAAGCAGAGGGUGGAAAGCCACUUCGAUUUAGAGCUCAGAGCAGCUGUCAUGCAUGAUAUAAUCGAUAUGAUUCCGGCUGGUUUAAAAAAUAAUAAAGGGAAGGCCAGACUCAUUUUGCAACAUCUUAGUGAAGCUUGGAGGUGUUGGAAAGCCAACAUCCCUUGGAAGGUCGUCGGGUUGCCCCUCCCAGUGGAAAAUAUGAUCAUUCGGUAUAUUAAGUUGAAGGCGGAUUGGUGGAUUAACGCUACUUACUACAAUAGGGAGAGGAUUAAAAGAGGGGCAACUGUAGACAAAACGGUGUGUAAGAAAAAUCUGGGGAGGUUAACCAGACUCUGGCUGAAGGCAGAACAGGAAAGGCAGCAUGAGUACCUAAAGGACGGUCCCUACGUCACUGGAGAAGAAGCAGUCGCGCUGUACACCACGGCAAUCCACUGGUUCGAAUCGCGUAAAUUUACGCAUAUUCCUUUUCCCCCCCUGAAUUAUAAGCAUGAUACGAAGUUACUCAUUUUGGCGCUGGAGAAACUGAAGGAAACUUUUACCGUUAAAAAUAGACUAAACCAAUCACAGAGGGAAGAGCUGGGGUUCAUAGAACAGGCGUACGACAACCCGUAUGAGACGCUCUCAAGAAUAAAAAGGCACCUACUCACCCAGAGAGCUUUCAAAGAGAUAUCCAUCUCGUUCCUUGACCUCUACACGCACCUAGUACCUGUGUAUGAAGUGGACCCGCUGGAAAAAAUUACAGACGCGUACCUAGACCAAUAUCUAUGGUAUGAAGGAGACCUAAGGAAUUUAUUUCCCAAUUGGGUCAAACCAUCCGAUAACGAACCGCAACCAUUGCUAGUGUAUAAAAUGUGCCAGGGGAUAAACAACCUGCAUAACAUUUGGGAAACCAAAAAUAAUGAAUGCCUGGUAAUGCUGCAAACACAGUUUAGUAAAAUAUACGAGAAAAUCGAUUUGACUCUCCUUAACAGGUUGCUGCGGCUGAUUGUAGACCACAACAUUGCGGAUUACAUCACCGCGAAGAAUAACACAAAUAUUACCUUUAAGGAUAUGAACCAUAUAAACUCCUUUGGGAUUAUUAGAGGCCUUCAAUUUUCCUCCUUUGUAUUUCAGUACUAUACCAUCAUUAUCGAUUUGCUCAUUCUAGGGCUGACCAGGGCGUACGAUAUUGCCGGGCCCUACAAUGAUGUUAACCCAUUUCUAAGCUACCAGAAUGUGAGAGUGGAAACGAGACACCCUAUCCGACUCUACUGCAGAUAUGUAGACAAAAUUUGGAUCCUCUUCAAAUUUUCCAAUGAAGAAUCCAAAGAUCUGAUUCAGAAAUUUUUAACAGAAAAUCCGGACCCUAAUAAUGAGAACAUCGUGGGGUAUAAUAACAAGACGUGCUGGCCAAGGGACUGUCGAAUGAGGAAGAUGAAGCAUGACGUUAACCUAGGCAGGGCAACCUUCUGGGAAAUUCAAAAUAGAAUCCCCAGAUCGUUAACUUCUCUAGACUGGGAUCACCACAACACGUUUGUUAGCGUCUAUUCGAAGGACAAUCCCAAUUUGCUCUUCACCAUCGCAGGAUUUGAAGUUCGAAUUCUCCCCAAAAUAAGGCAACUGUCCUACGGCAUUAACAUGUACACUACGUACAUAAAUGAAUAUGGGAAGAAAGAUCACCCCCCUGGUAAGGAUCCCUCCUCCACCACGAGUGCAGAUCAACCCGGUGGAGGAGAAAAAAACGUGGUCGUAUCAUCCAGUGAAAAGGAAGGCACUUGGAAGCUGCAAAACGAAGUUACCAAAGAAAUCACCGCAGAGGCGUACCUAAAAGUUUCGGAAAAUAGCAUGAAACGAUUUGAAAAUCGAGUCAGGCAAAUUUUAAUGUCCUCUGGAAGCACCACGUUUACCAAAAUUGCAAACAAAUGGAACACCACCCUCAUCGGGUUGAUGACCUACUUCAGGGAGGCCGUCUUAGACACUGAGGAGUUGCUAGACUUGUUGGUUAAGUGUGAAAAUAAAAUACAAACCCGUAUUAAGAUAGGCCUAAAUUCGAAGAUGCCUUCUCGUUUCCCCCCCGUGGUGUUCUACACACCUAAGGAAUUGGGUGGCCUGGGGAUGCUCUCCAUGGGGCACAUACUUAUCCCCGAGUCGGACCUACGUUAUAUGAAACAAACGGACAGCGGGAAAAUCACCCAUUUUAGAGCGGGGCUCUCCCACGAAGAAGACCAGCUGAUCCCCAACCUGUACAGGUACAUCUCCACCUGGGAGAGUGAAUUUCUGGAGAGCCAGCGAGUGUGGUGCGAAUAUGCCUUAAAAAGAAACGAGUGCCACAAUCAAAAUAAGAAAAUCACUUUGGAAGAUUUGGAAGACUCCUGGGAUAAGGGGAUCCCCAGAAUUAAUACCCUGUUUCAGAAGGACAGACAUACCUUGGCGUAUGACAAGGGGUGGAGAAUAAGGCAGCUCUUCAAGCAGUAUCAAAUUAUUAAGAGCAACCCCUUCUGGUGGACCAAUCAGAGACACGACGGGAAGCUGUGGAAUCUGAACAAUUAUCGAACGGACAUGAUUCAAGCCUUGGGAGGGGUCGAGGGGAUACUAGAGCAUACCCUAUUUAAGGGCACCUUCUUCCCCACAUGGGAAGGACUCUUUUGGGAGAAGGCCAGCGGGUUUGAAGAAUCUAUGAAGUAUAAGAAGUUAACCAAUGCGCAGAGAAGUGGACUGAAUCAAAUUCCCAACAGAAGGUUCACCCUGUGGUGGUCCCCAACAAUUAACAGGGCAAAUGUGUACGUAGGGUUCCAAGUGCAGUUAGACCUAACGGGUAUAUUCAUGCACGGGAAAAUACCCACUCUCAAAAUUUCGCUUAUCCAGAUAUUUAGAGCACAUCUGUGGCAGAAGAUUCACGAAUCGCUAGUCAUGGACAUCUGCCAAGUGUUCGAUUUAAACUCGGACCUGCUGGACAUCGAAACGGUGCAGAAGGAGACAAUCCACCCGAGGAAGUCCUACAAAAUGAAUAGCUCCUGUGCGGACAUUCUCCUCUUUGCCAAUUACAAAUGGGGUAUUUCGAAACCGUCUCUCCUUUCAGAUGAUGAUAACAUUUUUCUGAACAAUUUAGAGGUAAAAGCGAACAGCUCCAUCGCCCUGGGGUCCUACCCCUACACUUCUAAUCAGUACUGGAUUGACAUUCAGCUCCGAUGGGGAGAUUUCGAUUCCCAUGACAUUGAGAGGUACAGCCGAGCCAAGUUCCUAGAUUACACCACAGACAAUUUGUCCAUAUAUCCCUGCCUCACGGGGGUCCUAAUAGGAGUGGACUUGGCAUAUAACCUAUACUCCGCUUAUGGUAACUGGUUUAACAACCUCAAACCGUUGAUGCAGAAGGCGCUGCAGAAAAUUAUUCAGUCGAACCCGUCGCUCUACGUGCUGAGGGAGAGAAUCAGAAAGGGGCUUCAGUUGUACUCCUCUGAACCCACAGAACCGUAUCUAAAUACGCAAAAUUAUAAUGAGCUUUUCUCUUCGCAGACCAUCUGGUUUGUGGAUGACACGAAUGUGUACAGAGUUACCAUCCAUAAGACGUUCGAAGGGAACCUUACCACCAAGCCGAUUAAUGGAGCCAUCUUCAUUUUGAACCCAAAAACAGGACAGCUCUUUUUAAAAAUUAUCCACACAUCUGUAUGGAUUGGGCAGAAGCGGUUAUCUCAGCUAGCCAAAUGGAAGACAGCAGAGGAAGUGGCCUCCCUAAUUAGGUCCCUCCCUAUAGAAGAGCAACCCAAACAAAUUAUCGUAACGAGAAAAGGAAUGCUCGACCCGUUAGAAGUGCACUUGCUAGACUUCCCAAACAUUAUCAUCAAAGGAACGGAAUUGAAUCUCCCCUUUCAAGCCCUACUGAAGCUGAACAAAAUAGGAGACCUCAUUUUAAAGGCAACCCAACCACAGAUGCUUCUCUUCAAUUUGUAUGACGAUUGGCUAAACACCAUUUCGUCCUUCACCGCAUUUAGUAGGCUAAUCCUUAUACUGAGAAGUCUACACAUCAACCCACAGCAAACGAAAAUCCUCCUGCAACCGAAUAAAAACAUAGUCACGCAGCCUCAUCAUAUCUGGCCCUCCUUCAACAAUAACCAGUGGAUUAACUUAGAGGUGCAACUGAAAGAUUUAAUUCUUAACGACUACGCGAAGAGAAACAAUGUGCAUAUCGCUUCGCUGACUCAGAACGAAAUACGGGACAUCCUCUUGGGUAUGGAGAUAACCCCCCCAUCUAUACAGAGGCAGCAAAUUGCAGAACUGGAAAAGAGCAAUUUGGAUAACAUAGAACAGCAAAUGAAAGUUACCACAUCCAAAACGACCACGAAGCAUGGAACCGAAAUGAUCGUCUCGACGUUAUCCCCUCACGAACAGCAGACAUUCACGACGAAGACGGAUUGGAAAAUAAGAUACCUUGCGAAUAACUCCCUACUCUUUAGAACCAAAAAUAUUUACGUUAAUAAUAGCUCAUUAAAGAGUGUAUCUCAAGAAGGAGGCAACAGCGGGGUGAAUACCAUCAGCUCUAUUAACGAUUAUACAUACGUCAUUGCCAAAAAUUUACUUGAAAAAUUUAUUUGCAUUUCAGAUUUGAAAAUACAAGUUGGGGGCUUUCUCUAUGGGUCCUCCCCACCGGAUAACUCCUUUGUGAAGGAGAUCAAAUGCAUUCUCAUCCCCCCCCAGAUUGGCAACUACCAAUCGGUUACCCUGUCGAAUUAUUUGCCCUCCAGUAAAUAUUUAGACAAUUUAGAAAUCCUCGGGUGGAUUCACACCCAAACCACCAACUGCUCCAACACCUCUAACCACUUGACCACGUACGACAUGGUUUCUCAUUUAUCAUUUCUUCAAGAGUGUAAAGUUAGGAAGAAGAAAAAAGCAAAUGGGUUAGGAACAGCAGGGGGAGCCUACUCCGAUGAGGACAUCCCCCCUGAAGAUAAUGCAAAUGAUGACAGUGGGGAAUUCUCCAAAAUAUGGGAUAAAAACAAAACGAUAAUUCUCACUUGCUCAUUUACACCAGGUAGCUGUACCAUCAAUGCGUACAAAUUGACAGAUGACGGAUAUGCCUUUGCGAAGGGGAAACAAAAUUCAGCUGAUUUGUAUGCCUACCCGAAUGCCACUAAUCUGUAUGAACAAGUUCAGAUUUUACUUUCCAAUGUCUUUGUUGGCUUCUUCCUAAUUCCAGAUGAUAACAUAUGGAACUACAAUCUGAUGGGAAUCAAAUUUAACAAUAAUCAAAAGUACUCCGCGCUUUUGGACAUCCCGCAACCCUUUUACGCCGACAUCCACAGGCCCAACCACUUUCUCCAGUUUUCCCUGCUUGACCAGCACGACGGGGAUGAGGCGGACGUCGAGACUUCCUUCAUUUGAGCGCAGCGUGUGGGAAAAAAAGGGGGCCCCCCCCAACGCGUUGCUCCGCGGUUCAUCAGUUUUGCGCCCACCUUGUAUUACAUAUGUUACAUGUGUUUAUCUGCGCAGUGUGGCUGCCCCGUUUGUGUGCCCACCCCAUUUUAUCACAACUUAGCCAAAAAGGGUUACUACUCUGUGGAGGGAGGCCCAAUUAAAGGAGCUCCCCCUCCCGUCGUUUAAUUAAUU